CUAUCAAUGUCGUUCAUUAUCCCACCCACGCUUCUUUCCUUAACCUAACCGUUCACCAAAUCGAAGUUGGGUCUGCAGCACCGCGAUUGCACGUUUGACUGCCCAUUAUGAACGGCUACGGGGACAACGGGCACGACGAGGAUCCAUUUGGUCCAGCCAAGGGCGGCAUUGUAUCCAGUUUCGAUGCUUUUCCUAAAACCAAGAAGACGUACCUCGUACAAGGCCGCAACUCCUCCGCAUGGACAGUGACGCUUAUCUUGACAUGCAUCUACCUCGCCUGGUCCGAGAUAGCGCGCUGGCUCGCCGGCACAACCACACAGUCAUUCGCCGUUGAGAAGGGCGUAGCUCACGGCAUGCGGAUAAACCUGGAUAUGAUAGUAGCCAUGCGCUGCGCCGACCUUCACGUCAACAUGCAAGACGCUGCCGGUGACCGUACCCUAGCUGGCGAACUCCUGCGCAAAGACCCAACAUCGUGGUCGCAAUGGACCGGCAAAAACGCCGAAAGUGGGACACACGAACUGGGCAAAGAUAAAAAGGCUGGAUGGGAUGAUAUUGAGGACGUACAUGAGCAGCUGGGCAAGGCGCGGAAGAGCAAGUUCAGCAAGACACCACGCGUGCGCGGUCAGACCGACAGCUGCCGUAUCUACGGCAGUAUCAUUGGAAACAAGGUACAGGGCGACUUCCACAUCACGGCUAGAGGCCACGGAUACAUGGAGUUCGGAGAGCAUCUAGACCAUUCCACCUUCAACUUUUCGCACAUCAUCCGCGAAAUGUCCUUCGGCCCAUACUACCCAUCCCUCGUCAACCCGCUCGACAACACCAUCGCCGUAACACCCACACCCCAAGACAAGUUCUACAAAUUCCAGUACUACGUCUCCAUCGUCCCCACCAUCUACACCGACGACGCAUCCAUGAUCCCCUACCUCACAGCCAGCACAUCGGAAGACGACACGCCCUUCUCAAACAUGUUCCACACGACCCACGCCAUCAAAACCAACCAGUACGCCGUUACAUCGCAGUCCCACAAGGUCGCCGAAACCUACGUGCCAGGCGUGUUCGUCAAGUUCGAUAUCGAGCCUAUUAUGCUGGCGGUAGUGGAGGAGUGGGGUGGCUUCUGGAGACUGAUUGUUAGGUUGGUAAAUGUUGUGAGCGGUGUUAUGGUCGCGGGGAGUUGGGCGUGGCAGAUGUUUGAUUGGGCGAGUGAGGUUAUGGGUAAGAGGCGGAGGAGGGGUGAUGGCGUUGGUGUGUUGGGAACGCCGUCGGUGGAGAAGAAGAGCUGGGAUUAGAUGGGAGGGAUUGAGGGGUUGAUAGAGGAGGAUGCAUCAAAUGGCGUUUAGGGUAUCGGGAUAUGGGAUAUGUUGGGAGUUUUGUGAGUAGGAUGAUCUCUUUUCUACGAAUAUAUCGACACUGCAAAUCAUGGAGCAUGUGGAUUGGCAGAGUGACGAAUAGCGAAUAUUGGACCUCGAGAUUGCGGGACUACGGAACUGCGCUAUGGUACGUGUUGCUUUUGCUCCCUUACAAUCUCCCAUUGCAUAGCUAACCCUCCUGGAUAGAACCCUGGAAGUAGCGCGCACCUCAACGAACACUCCAAUCAAUCUUUCUCCCACCUUCUCCUUCUUUCAUUCGUUGCUUAGCGGUUUGUGACACAGGGCGCUAAGCUGU